CGUAGCCAUCAUGAGCUGUAGUUGGUGUUCACAAAGCUACCUGGCUGUUAUAUUUAAUGUCUUACAUAUUGCAUGGACAGCACCCCCGGAGUAUUGCCUGGCACCCUUUAACCAUAGCGACUGUAAUUUGCCACCACAGCAUGUGUUCGCCUACUACAAGCCAGGUUCAAGAUGUGAACUCGAAGUGUGGAGGGGUUGUCCAACUCUCAAUAAAUUUGAAAAUGAGUACUUGUGCAGCAUGAAUUGUAUUUUCAGAAGCCGAAAGGCAAUAUUAGAUUUUGACGAAUGCGCAUCAGCACUCGACACAAAUAAAUGUACCAACAAGACGCAGACAGUAUACACACACGUGGAUGGCCAUUGUAUCAAAGCGGAAUGGAGAGGCUGCCAAACAUUUAAUAAAUUUGACUCCAAAGCAGAAUGUGACGAGAAAUGUACCACAGUAAAUUUCGGAAGCUCGGAAAUACAUUUUAUAGUGCAGGACAUCAAUAAGUUAUUGGAACAUUUAAUCCAAGAAAUAACAAAUAACACAAAUACAACUAAUGUUACUACUGACGCUUUUAACGCUACCUCUACAUAUACUAGCACUACACAAGCUAUCACUACAAAAGCUACCAAUACAGCAGUAACCACUACAGAAGCUACCAAUACAAAAGCAGCCACUACAGAGAGUACCACUACAGAAGCUACCACUACAGAAGCUACCACUACAGAAGCUACCACUACAGAAGCUACCACUACAGAAGCAACCACUACGUAA